CGCAGCGUCGGCCCGUGUCUCCCGGCCCCCGACGCCGCCGGGCCUCUGCCCACCGCCCCGGUCGGUGCGUGCGGCACGGAAACGUCGAAGACGCCGCCGCUGCCCUCGGGGCCGCCGCCGGCGUCGAUGGAGCCGACGAACCUGUACCCGGUGAAGCUGUACGUGUACGACCUGUCCAAGGGCCUGGCCCGGCGCCUGAGCCCCAUCAUGCUGGGUAAACAGCUGGAAGGCAUCUGGCACACCUCCAUAGUGGUUCACAAGGAUGAAUUCUUCUUCGGCAGUGGCGGCAUUUCCAGCUGUCCCCCUGGAGGGACACUGCUUGGGCCCCCAGACACUGUGGUUGAAGUAGGAAGCACUGAAGUGACUGAAGAAAUCUUCCUGGAAUACCUGUCCUCCCUGGGGGAGUCCCUGUUCCGAGGCGAGGCCUAUAAUCUCUUUGAGCACAACUGUAACACAUUCAGCAACGAAGUGGCCCAGUUCCUGACAGGGAAGAAGAUUCCCUCCUACAUCACUGACCUUCCGUCUGAAGUCCUCUCCACGCCCUUCGGACAGGCUCUGAGGCCCCUCUUGGACUCUAUCCAGAUCCAGCCCCCUGGUGGGAACACCUUUGGCAGACCCAAUGGCCAGAGCUAACAGGCCUAGAAGGGGAGUACCUCGCCUUGCCGCCUCGACUCACCAGGGCUUUUCCUUUUUAAAAAAACAAACCCUACCAGAUUUCUAUUUUAUAAUUUUACAUCAGAGCUAACAACCAGGGGACGGCUUUUUAAAUUUCCCAGGGAAGGAGAUCAUCGGGCUGCAUGUAGGACAAUGCUGCUAAAACCAGAACAAAAUGCCAUCCCUUCUAACAGUAUUAUACUAAUUUAUUAAG